ACCGGUAUUGUGACCACAACUAGAGCCCCAGCCCCCAUGUGAGCAGCCAAAUGUGAGGAAAACGACACAAUCACAAUAGUCUACAUCUCACAGUUCAUAAAUAAACUAACCUUUUCAUGGCUCUAAACAAACAACUCUGACACAACAUAGAUUUUGUUGGUCCGACUCCAAUCUCACUUCUAACCACAAACACUUGCUUACACCAUCAUAUUCUUCACCACUCAUCUCACUCUCACUUAUGUCGAUCACUGCUGCUUCUUCAAUCUCUCUCGGUCCUUCACAAUGUCACUUAUGCCGUUCAGAGGGGGUUAGUUGCUCAACAUCAAAUGGGAUCACGAGCAGUUGGAUUAAAAAUCCUUUUGAUGGUCGCAGAGCUCCUGAUCUUUCUGGCAUAAGUUUCGGAUGCAGGAAUCCAUUUUUUGGUUCUGCGCAAUUCGAUUGGUUGUCUACAGGACGUGAUCUUUGCCCUUCAAAAGUUUCAGUUGCUGCAGAUUACUCUGAUUCAGUUCCUGAUUCAUCUAAUUACAUUAAUGACCGGGGUUAUCACCCUCUUGAAGAAGUGAAAUUUUGCAAAAGAAUCCGGGACACAAAACUUACUUCUGCAGAAAUAGCAAGGACCACUGUUGAGGCGAACAACAGUUCUUUGCUGGUUUUUCCUGGGACAGUACACUGUGAACCACAUGAGCAAAUUUCAUGGGCUGAGUUUCAAUAUGUUGUUGAUGAUUAUGGAGAUAUAUUUUUUGAAAUUUUUGAUGAUGAAAAUAUCUUACAAGAUCCUGGAGCUAAUAACCCAGUGAAUGCUUUGAUAGGGAUGGAUAUUCCUGUAUACAGUAAUCAAAGGGUAGCCGCUGGAUAUAACAUUUCAGAUACUGGCUCUAGCAAUGAUACACCUCUCGAUGAUGAUUAUUUUGAGGUUGUGGAUUCUGAAGUUUCUGAUGUUCCAGUCGACUGGGGAAUGCCAGAUACUUCCAGCUGGGUUCACCCUAUAUAUUUUUCUAAGUGUUUAACCAAGGCUGUUAAUAUGGAAUAUUAUAGAAAAAUGGAUCAUCCUUCAAAUGGUGUUUCUAUUGUGGGAUACCUCAGACUGGCUUUUGCUGAUGAAGAAACUUAUGUACGAAGGCAAUUUCACUGUGAAGAUAGUGAUGGCAGCAUCUCAGACUGGAAAGAUGGUGAAAUUCUGAGUUUUAGUUCGAAAAGUGAUAAAAGCAACACUAGCUCAACUCUCUACCGGUUGGAGAUUAUGAGAAUAGACUUAUUCUCUGUGUAUGGAGUCCAGUAUCCGAUUAAUUUGCAAGACUUUCAAGAUGCUGAGCCCGAUGCCCUUGUACACUGUACUUCAGCAAUUAUAGAGCACUUCAGUGAAAAAGGAAUUAGGUGCAAUGUUGCUCUUAAAGCGCUUUGUAAAAAGAAAGGUCUUAAUGUUGAGGGAGCAAACUUGAUUGGAGUUGAUAGUCUCGGUAUGGAUGUCAGAGUUUUCUCUGGGGUAGAAGUACGGACUCAUCGCUUUCCUUUCAAAGUCCAGGCGGCAUCUGAAUUUGCUGCCGAAAAGCAGAUCCAGCAACUCCUGUUUCCGCGUGCUCGCCGAAAGAAAUUUAGAACUCAACAAGAUAUGCUGAAAGACCCAGAUUUUUUUUAG